UUCCUCCUCCUCUUCAUCUUUUUGCGCUUCCCUUAUUUUAUCCAGGAUGUCCGCUUCGUGCUCACCGUCUUCAAAUCCAGACACAGCAUUUUAAAGUACAUGAAGACCAACUACACCAUCCUGGACGCGUUCCUGGACGCGGUGAAGACGCAGCCACACAAGCCGUUCAUCCUCUUCAAAGAUGAGACCUACACCUACCGGGACGCGGACGCGCUCAGCAACCAAGCCGCCAGAGUGUUUCUGCAGAGCGGACUCGUCAAACAAGGCGACACGGUAGCGAUGUUCCUGGGGAACGAGCCGAUGUUCGUGUGGCUGUGGCUGGGUUUGGUGAAGAUUGGCUGCUCCGCCGCUUUUCUCAACUACAACAUCAGAUCCAAGUCUCUGUUGCACUGUUUCAACUGCACCACAGCCAAAACCCUGGUGGCUGCUGCAGAGUUGCAGGACGCUGUGGAGGAGAUUCUGCCCAGUCUGUUAGAGCAGCAGGUCACAGUUUACAUCCUGACUGACAGAUGUCAAACUGCAGGUGUGCAGAGCUUCACCGACAAAAUGAGCCAGGCCUCCUCUGGGCCUCUGUCCAAGGAUUUAAGGUCACAUUUGACUUUGCAGAGUCCAGCAGCCUACAUAUACACAUCUGGGACAACAGGUCUUCCUAAAGCAGCAGUGGUCCCACAUGUCAAAGUGUGGGCCUUAUCCAUGGUUCAGCUUUUCUCGGGAGUGAAAUCCAACGACGUGAUCUAUGUCACCCUCCCUCUGUAUCACAGCACCGGCUUCCUCGGCGUCACUGGAGCCAUUCAGAGGGGUAUCGUCGUGGUACUGAGGAGCAAAUUCUCUGCCUCUCAGUUUUGGGACGACUGCAGAAAAUAUGACGUCACUGUCAUACAGUACAUAGGUGAAAUUAUGCGCUACCUCUGCAACUCACCAAAGAGACUCAGUGACCGCAGACACAAAGUAAGACUUGCAAUAGGUAACGGGAUCAGAGCAGAUGUGUGGAGGGAAUUCAACAGCAGGUUUGGAAACAUUGAAAUCAAAGAGCUUUACGGUGCAACAGAGGGGAAUUUGUUUCUGAUGAACUACUGCGGCAAAGUCGGAGCCGUUGGACGAAUUAACUUCCUUAUGAAGAUGCUUUCUUCAUAUACUGUGAUCAAAUAUGAUGUCGAUAAAGAGGAACCGUUAAGGGAUUCAUCUGGUUUCUGCAUAGAGGCUGACACAGGUGAGCCUGGACUGAUGGUGUCUAAGAUAACAGUAAAGACUCCGUUCAGUGGUUAUGCUGGAGACCUGCAGCAGACGGAGAAGAAGAAGCUGCAUGACGUCUUCAAGAAAGGAGACAUGUACUUCAACACGGGCGACCUGCUGUGUGUCGAUGAAGACAAUUUCGUCUACUUUCACGAUCGAGUUGGAGACACUUUCAGGUGGAAAGGAGAAAAUGUGGCCACUAAUGAGGUGGCUGAUGUCAUCACAUUGGCUGACUGCAUCAAAGAAGCCAAUGUGUAUGGAGUCAAAGUGCCAGGUCAGGAGGGACGAGCUGGAAUGGCUGCUGUCACUUUACAAGACGGACACAAAUUUGCCACCGCCGACAUUUAUAAACACGUGGAAAACUUCCUGCCGACCUAUGCAAGACCACGCUUUAUAAGGAUUCAGAGUUCAUUGGAGGUAACGGGCACGUACAAGCUUAUGAAGACGAAGCUGGUGGAGGAAGGUUUCAACCCAAAUCUCAUAAAAGACCUGCUCUACUUUCUGGACAACAAAGAAAAGGAAUACAUUCCAUUUACACCGGACAUUUUCAAUGGGAUAAUGUCAGGAAAUAUCACAAUUUAAAGUGCUUUUCAUUGCUUCUCUUUUAAACGGAAUUUAAUAUUCACACACAGUAUGACUUUCUCACUCAUGCAGAGAACAUGUUUGAUCCUGCUGCAAUGAGACUGACAUGAAGUAUAUUAUAAAAUAUACAUUGACAAUGAUUGCAGAGCAACUGUUGCUUUAAAAUGUGCAAAAAUUCAAGUUUUUUCCCCCAUGGAGAAAACAGCUGUUGUUCACACAGCAACUUCUCACUGAGAUGUGGAUUCUGUUCUGCUGGGGCUGUCAUCAGUGUAGGUGGUGGCAUCUCUGCCCUGUAUACAAUACAGCUCUCUGUGUGUGACUGCUGAGCAUCUGGUGUUUGAUCCAGCCCCCCAUUGGAAGCACAAUAAUAAAAUAACAAAGAAAAAACAGC